AUGUUUAGAAUAAUAAACUCUUCGCAGAGUAUAAGGCCGGCCUUAAUACUGAAAUUUAAGCAUACCGGUGGAGCUGGAGCUGCUGCUGCUUCGUCUCCAAUAGUAGCUUCUACAUCUACAAACACAACCACUACUUCCAACUUUGACUCGAAACUAGUCUUUUUAAGAACAAACUCAACAGUGGCGGAAGUGGCUCCUCCCCCUCCUACUACUGCUAAUGCUAACCAGGAUUUUCCAUUACCUAAUGGAUAUGCUAAGAAAUUCACAAAGUGCUACCAUAAGCCUAACCACUUUACAAAAUGGAGCUCUACGAUUCGUCGUUUUGACACUAUUGAAGAGUUUCUGAAAAAGAUACAGGAUGAAGAAUUCAGGCGCCAAAUGAGCAGUAGAGAUUUGGCAAAGUACGUGGCAUCCUUGUACAGCGAAACCAUACUUCUGAGACGCGAGAGAUUGGGCUCAUCGCGAAAUAGAGACAAGGAUAAUGCGGCAUCUUUCCACGAAGAUAUCAUAUUCCAAUCAGCGAUAAUCAAUCUAAGUGAAUUAAUUGCCGCUGGUGAGUGGAAGCAGUUUUUGAAUCCGGAUAUGUUGUUUAAGAUAUUUGGUACUUUGUUACAAUUCAAAUUGAAUAAUGAAAUUUUGGAUCUUUGGGAGACUGGUGUUAGUUGGUCAGAAGAGGAGAAUGGAAACGGCGGAGUUGGCCGCAUGUUUUUGACCCAUAAAGUCUUGUCCAUGGUGCUUCAAGUUGCUUAUGAUAGUAAAAGGUUCACUUACGACGAGAUUAAGCUGAUUUACAAAAUGAGUGUCAAUGAAGCUGAUUCAGUACACCCUGAUUUAAUUGAAAGAAUGGGUCAAAUUGCCAUUCGGGAGGGGGACCAUGCUAGGGGAUUAGACGCGUUGGAGGCAUUGAUGGCCCAAUACGAAGCUGCUCCUUCCAAUCGUUAUCCCAUUGAAUCUGGAUUAUCGCAGUUGCACCUAGUCUUUAUCGGCAAGUGUAAAGAUACUCUAAUUGCUAAAAGAUUUUUCGAAAAAGCGGUUGAAGAAUAUGAAGAUUUGCCAUACCUGGUAAUUUUAAAGGCGCCAUAUAUGGUUUCAUUUUUGGAAAAUUGCGUGGAAGCUGGGGACCCCAUGGAAGAAGUUAUUGAUAUUUGGAGCCGUAUUUGUCGGCACUAUGCAAUUUCAUCUGUAGAGACUGCUGCAAGAGCUUCUACUGUGAAUACUGGUUUGUUUAAACUUUUCUUCAAGAAGUAUCCCGAGCCAACAGAUGAGUCUCUCCACCUUUUGAAAUUAAUUUUCAGCAAGAGCGAGAAAAUUGAUGAACUAUUUUUAAACACAUUGACUUCAAACAUGGUAUGGACAGAUAAGAGUUUGAUUCAGGACGUUAUUAAUGCUUUUGAUAAAUUCAAUGUGCCCAAAAGUGUCAUUUCCCACCGUAUCAUAUUAAAGAAGACAGGAAGCGCUGAUUAUUCCAUUGAAGAAAUUUUGGCAUUAUGGAAUCAAUUGUUGCAAAAAUUGGACGACGAAGGGUAUCAGUAUAUUGCGAAUGCCGAUUGGUCGGCGCUCAUGAAUGCCACUGUUCUUUCUGAACAAUCAAGCACCAAAGAAAGGUUAGGUUUGUAUCUUUCCAUAUUGAAGACCUAUAAAAAUUAUAUGCAACAUGAUAACGCAUGUACCAAAUUCUUAAGAGCCUGGAUUAGAGACGCUGAUAUGUAUAAGAUUAUUUCCAGAAUCACCACUGAGGAAAACCCGCAGUUUGAAAAUGAAGUGGUUAUUGAAACCCCUAAGUUUAAGAAUUUGAGAGAAUCAACAAACUACAGGCGAGCAACAAAGGUAGUCACCGAUGCAAAUCCUCGAUUACUAGAUUAA